AUAGUCCAUUAAUGGUACUGCCCGAUGUAGGUCAAAAAGAUGAUACUGGCUGCAAAAUGUCACUUAAAAACGGUAAACUACCUCAGGAAAAUUGCACAAUCAUCACUUCAUUACCUCAUAGCCAAACUGAGAAAAUAAAUGAUUUGUCCCCUGAACCAACUGCUCCCAAAUUGUCUGUAAAACAAAUCAAAGCAAAUUGGGAAAAGAUGAACGAACAUUUUAAAUUCUUUGAAUCCGUGGCAAAAAUCUAAAAAGACUUCAAUGGUGCCUGUUGCAAAGGACAGUAAUGACAGUGGAAAUGUUUCAGAAAGAGAAUUAGUAGGUAGUGCCAAAGCUUUUGGGCCGAUUGGUAUGAGACCCGGGGAAAUCCCUGGUGUUCUACAUAGUAACAAUCAUAGCAUGUAUGAAGGACAGUCAUGCAGAAACAAGGGGUGGAGCGGGAAAAGGGUGAUACAGGAGGAGCAUGCAUUAGAAAAAGGGGUGGGGAAUUUAGCAGAGGGUAGUUACAGAGGGGAACAGGUUGACCUGUCAUUCAGUACCAGGAAUAGAAAAGGGCCUGCGAACCACAGCCCUGCUCCCUCAAGCCGAGACCCAAAGUCUGGAAUUCCACCUCGCUAUUUUGAGUCUCCCCUGGCAACUCAGGAGCAACAGAGUCUUCUCAGAGCACAGAACUUACAAAAAGAGAACAACAACAGUGCCAGGAGGGUCCGAUCGUCUUCUCAAGGCAAUUAUCGUGGUGCUCGUUAUCUUUCUUUAGAAUCUACUAGCGAGACUUCCAAUAUGGGAAGCGAAUUCGAUGCCGCAGACACAGAGGUGAAGUGGUUCGCGGACCAGGCCUUCAGGGGCCUAUCUAGCCCUCAGGUGGAUUACUUGGAUGUUUACAGUUCAAGCCGUGAGUCAUCGACGAAUGUUUCGCAGCCUUCUACAGUGGACAGUCCAGGUUCUGCUACAUGGAUUUCCUAUGCAGAUUUGCAUGACUCAUUACAUGAAAAUGACAAUGCUUUAUGUCAUACUGCUGCUUUUUUACCCAGUGGUACACUCAACCCAGCAAAAUGUUUCGACAUGGGUAGUUUUGAAUGUGUGGACGUAGCAGUGGAGAGCAAGGAGGAAACCAAGAGAGGAAAAAAGACGGUACCAAAAAGACAGAUCCAGUUUAAGCGACGAAACAUUGAUGAGAGUGGAGUAAAAGCUAUGGAUUCAUUGUCCACAGAGACCUGUGCAAGGGAGACAUUUGUUCGUCAACAUAGCACCCCAGCAUCCAUGCAGGAAGAUCUGGCUAAAGGCAACCAUGAAAUUCAAACUGGUAAGAAGAUGCUCCAGAAGUCUGCUUCGUUAGAUGAAUGUUCACCCAAGAGUAAAAUUGCUUCCACUGUUAUCAAGAGUGUUCUUUCUAAGAAGAUGGACACGGCUACAAAUGAAUCUUUAAAAAGUGAACCAUGUGAGGAUAAAAAGAAAUACAAUGAAACACUUUCUGUCAUGGAACUGAGUAAUGCAGAAAGGCCAAGUUCCAGAGUUCCCUCUGAGUACAGUUUGUCUUCUGAGGACUUUGCAGGCAAUGAGGAAAGAAGCCCUCAUCCUUCUAGGAGAAAGUAUUGGCCUCCCAAAGUUCCUCCCAAGCCAUUCUUCAAACCUAACAGUAUACCUUCUAACAACAACCCUGCAGGUGUUGUAUUUCAGGAUAUACCAUUUGUAAAUGAUCAGAUAAAACCCAUAAUGGUUGAUGCCAUCAAAAGCAAAAUAUCCAAGCAGCAAGGAAGUACUGAAAAGGAGGCAAGUAAGUUGGGAGAAACAUUUAGCAGUGAAUCAGGAAGUGCUAGUAACCGAGCACCAAACUGUACUGCAGUUUGUGUUGCAAGUACACUGAGCAGUGUUAACAACCACCGCAUGACACCAGAAACCUGUAAACAACAGGAGAGCAGCAACAGUAUGUUCUUGUCAAAAACCCCUGAAAUCACUCUCAAGCCUUGUGCCAUCAAAGAUAAAAAUAAGUCUUCCACAAAGGCAUUUGUUUGUCCUGAACCGCAAACAUCCAAAGACACCUUAUGUGAACCUCAGUUAGAGGAAACAAUUAAAGAGCAAAUGAGUUUCAAACCAGGGCUUGAGUCAGAAAACGAAGAGGAUAUUGAAAAAAGCAAGGCAAAAUCUGUUAUACAUAAAGUAAGGGAUGUCAGGAAACUAGUCAAGAACACCUACAACCUGUCCUUUAAAGCAUCGAAUACUACUCAUGUGGAGGAUGUGCAGGAAAAAAUGCAGCCAGAAAAUCCUCAUCCAUUGCAAAUUGAAUGCAAAGCUAUCAGCUGGAAAGACAAGACAUCAUCUUGCAGUAAGUCAACCACCCAACAAGAUGUAGAAGAAAUGUCUAACAAAUCAAAGCAUUCACAAAUGGAUUCACCACAAGAAAAUGAUGUCUGUAUUACAAAAAUAACAGCCGAAACUUCCUUGCCAAAUGUUCAAUAUUCUGACAUGGACUUUUUGGAUAAAUGCAGCAAAGUAUCAAAAUCUGGCAACAGUGAACGGCCGGCACAACUAGAAACGCCUCCAAGACCAUCAAGUAAGGAGAUAUCAACAUUAGUUUUUCUGCAAGAUAGCACACCCAAGUCUACGCAGAAGCCAACAAUUCCUGCCUCCCCUAGUGCAAAGAUUGCCAACAAUAGCCAUUCUGUGUCAAUGUUACGGAAAGAAAAGGGGAUGCAAGCCGACAUUGGGGUGUGUGACGUCCUGAGUGAAGGAGCAGGUGCUAAACCUAAGCAUAUCAACAGGCUAGAGGUCCCCUUGCAGACCUAUGCAUCAGGGGAAACCUCAAGUGAACUGCAGAAAGGAGAAAAAGAAGUUGUUGAUUCUUCUCCUGAACAGAAGACAUCCCUAAACAAUGGUCUACAGACGAGUAGAGGGAUCUUGCAGGUUAGGAGUUCUCCAAAGCCAAAGGAAGUGAAAAUUCUUCCUACUGGAAAAGCAGGUGUCAACCAAAGCCAACCUGCAAACGAACAAGAGGUUACAUUUGCCACUGAAAGCAAGGCAGAGGUAAGAACAAUUUCCAACAAAGCAAAAGUUCACGCAAUGGCAAUUACAACAUCUAAAGAGAUUGAGUUACCUAUUCAAGUGAGGUCAAUAUCCAGUGACAGGCCAAAGCCAUCUGUGUUGCCAAAACCAAACUACAAACAGCCAUUUGCAGAAAUUAGAUCAACAUCAGCAGAUAUCACACCAACGUCUUUUUUAAAGGAGCAAACAAAUUUAAAGAGUGAUGUUAAAAUAAUCGAGACAUCAGCAACAGUGAUACACAAUGAGCCGUCCGACAACACUGCCUCGAGCCAUACCAAAACUUUAGCUGUGUCUGCUGUAUCCAGCCACAAACCUCAAACUACCCCACUUACAACAAUGUCAAGUUCUGUGCAGAAAUCAACAGCUUCUACAAGUAGGCAAGAGGUAUCUAUCACUUCGAUACAAAACUCCAGCAACCAGCAACAGGAAAACAAUCAAGAACAAAUGAUACCUGCAUCUCUUUAUCAAACCUCACCAGUAGUUUCACAAACCGAUACCAACAUGCAGCAUGCAAUAAGAACGUCAACUAACGAUGAUUUUCGUUUCCCUACAUCGGACGAUCCACCCAGCUAUGAUGAACGUGAAAGUUUCAGCCCCUUGCACGUUUCCGAUUUGCCCCCAAGGAGGCAGAACAGAUAUCAUCCCACCACCAAACAUUCUGUUUGCUCAUGUACAUCUUGUGCCCAGCCUCAGUUUGGCCAUCCCUACCAUAGCUCCCAAAACCAGACACCCCCAAUUCCUCAUUCACCAGGCCAGGUGAUUUCAUACCCAGGUGCACCACCACAGGCGCAGGUUCGUCCUCAUAAGUGCCGGCCAGAUGGCCAACCCUUAAAUUAUACAUCUGUAUCACCAAAAACUGCAGUACAACAGUCUCCGGCCAUGGUUCAGCCAAUGCACCACUCUCAUACUUGCCCUGCGCCAGGCAUACAACUCUAUGGUAAUGAGCAACAGCAAUCUUCUACUCAGCACAUGGAAAGACGUUCAGGUAAUCAACGUUCACCACAAGCUCCAAGCGGUGCAACGUAUCGGGAGCACAGUCGUUCACCCAGUAUCGCUGCACUGGACACUAGAUCCCACUUUUUUAAUCCACAAGAACUACCACCAGCUUUUGGUAAUGAAUAUGGAAGUGAUGGUUCUGGGAAUGGAGGCAUGUUGUACCCCGAAAAUGCAAGUGGGCUCGGGUAUGGCCAAGGCCCCCGUCGUGUUCUUCUUGAUCCUGAAACUGGGAAAUACUUCUACAUUGAAGUGCCAAUGCAGCCAUUGAGAAAAAUGCUGUUCGAUCCAGAAAUCGGCCAAUAUGUAGAAGUUCUAAUACCACAACAGGCUAUGUCCAAUUCUAGCAUGUAUCCUCCAACUUCAGCUCCAUACCAGGGUCCAUACCAUGGUCAAGGGCUAUAUGCAUCCCAGUACCUUCCUUAUUCGAUGCCACCCCAUCCUCAGUCUGCCCAGCAACCGCGACAUCCAGAGCCCUCCGUCCCGACAUCGCUCCAUCAAAACACCAUGGGAUAUGGAAGCUCAGCAAGCCAGGCGCCAAAAUCAGAUGUAAAAGGACAUCCAUCGUUGGAUCAGAGCUAUUUAGAGAGCAUGUAUUACAUUCCGACUGGGAUAAAUGCAAGCCCAAAUUCUACACCUUCAGACUGCUACCACAAACCAGCAACAAAUAUGCCUGCUGCUGGUGGCAGGAGGGCAUGAAAUAGCUCUAGAUUUUGCAUUUGUAGUGUGUGGUGCUAUGCAAGCUUCUACACUACAGUUUCCAGGAGCUUGUGACAGAUUACACCCAGUAAAACUAUUUCAAAGUACUGUAAUACAGUGUAGGCUGUUCUUCCUUUGUUUCUAGCACCAAAAUCCUCCUUAAUCUACAAAUAAAUUGUUGCCCAGCUGUGGAAAACAUUUUCAAUAUACACCUUUACAGCGCUGCAGUGGGUUGUUUGAAGAGCUAAUGCUAAAAUGAAGCCCAUUUACAAAUCUAGUCAUCAGUCCAUUUGCCAGAGCUGGUGACCAAAGUACUUUGAUGUGUAUGUUUUGCUUCUUAACUCAAAAAUACAUUUGUCUCAAGCCAAUAUCAUGUCUAUUUGCAUUUCACUGAACUGUUAGCCCACAACACAUUUUACUGACCAGAAGGAAUUGAGCAGUAAUGACUCGAUUUACACAGAUUUCAGACAAAGAAGCUUAAGGUGUCGUCUAAAUCUCAAUGUGUAGAUAUCAAAUUCAGAUUUUAACACAAUUCACUGUAAAUGACUGGUUUUCUAAUGAUUAAAAAAAAAUUAUCACACACUUUUACCAAAUUAAAGGUAUUUGUUCAC